AUGUCUCAGUUGCUGAGGACACAUUUGCUCAUUUUCCUGAGCUAUGCAGUGGCCAGUCCUGAGGUCCCACCAUCCACACAGGAUUUACCCCCAUUGUUGCAAAAAAUGGCCGAAGAAAUAAUAGAUGGAAGCUAUCUGAAUGCAUUACUGGAUUUCCUGCACUUUCAAAGCUCCCAGGAAUGGACGGCAGAGCUGACCCACAGAGUCCUGGACUAUCUAAAUUCACGUGAUGUGGUCUUCACCAUCUCCAGCCUCCAGGCAACCAUGGGAAACCAUCUGAAGCAACGUUUGUACCAGCCUCGAAAACUGCUGGAGGAACUCUGGGAGACAGAUGCACAGCAGUUCUACACAGCCAUGAAAUGCCUCUUAGAGGACAAGAAGGAUCGUUGGGUGCUGGAAGACAUCACUAUUGACUUUGGGGACGCUAGAAAGCAAGCCUUGCAGAGCCCAGGUGUGAAUCGCAGCCUCUUUCUUGUCACCCUGGAGAGGUGCUUCCAGGUGAUGAACUCCCUGGAGUGUGUGGAGAUCUUGGGCCAGCUGCUUCGGGGCUCCUCAGGCAGCUUCCUCCAGCCGGACAUCACAGAGAUGCUACCCCUGGACCUGCGGGAAGAUGCCUUCAAGAACCUAUCAGCCGUGUUCAAGGAGUGCUACGACCUCACGUCAGUGCACAUGCAGAGAUCGGUCCACAGCUGGAUGACACGGGUGCUGCGCAGCCAUGCUAAUGCCAAUGCCAACACCACGGAUGACUCGGUUUCAUGGGUCAGUGCAGAAAGCUUAUGGAUUUUGGGCAGAUACAUGGUUCACCUCUCACUCGAAGAAAUUACAAAAAUCAGUCCCAUAGAAAUGGGGCUGUUCAUCAGCUAUGACAAUGCCACGAAGCAGCUGGACAUGGUUUAUGACAUCACCCCAGCUCUGGCGCAGGUGUUUCUGGAGAGGAUUAGCUCAUCUGGCUUUGACAUGAGGAACACCUCGACCAUCCACCGGCUAGGACUGCUUGUGUGUUUCUACGACGCCAGGGAGCUGCUGGAUGCCGCCGUGGCCCAAGUCCUCCUUCAUCAGAUGAUCAAGUGCAGUCGCCUGAGGGGCUUCCAGGCCAGUGUCCAGAAGCUCAAAGCAGACCUCCUGGACAUUGCUAUGGAGAACCAGACCCUCAACGAGACCCUGGGCUCUUUGUCGGAUGCUGUGGUAGGCUUGACCCAUGCACAGCUCGAGUCUCUCUCUCCCGAGGCUGUGCACGCUGCCAUCUCUACCCUCAACCAGGUCUCUGGCUGGGCCAAGGGCCAAGUCGUCAUCUUGUCUGCCAAGUACUUAGACUAUGACAAGGUCCUGUCCUUCCACAAUGUGAGCCAGCUGGGUGUGCUGCUGCCCGGGGUGGGCACCCAGGCCCUCCACACCAUGGAACGCAGAGACCUCGCGCAGCUGCUUCGGAGCACCAGCUCCCUGCAUCUGUCUGCCCUAUCUUCUGCGCAGCAACUGGGUAUCUUCAGCAAGAUACUGGAAGCAGGAGACAGACCUUCAGGCAUUGUGGAGAUCCCAGGGGCUCUCUUCAAGCAAGUGUCUCUCUUCGAUUUAUGGAGGGAACCUGGACUCAAUGCCACAGUCCUGAAGGAAAAGGAGCUUAGGAGGAGUCAGGCCUUGUUCCUGUACGAGCUCCUGUCAAGCACCACAGGAAGGCACGAGGAGCUCCUCAGCUCGGGGCAGCUGAUCAAAGGCCUGACAUGCUCCCAACUGGCGGCCAUGAGCAAGGACUCAUUUCUGGCCCAUUUUCAGGAUUUUGAGAACAACUUUUCACUGCUGUCUCCACAUCAGGUGAACUGUCUGGCCUGGAAAUACUGGGAUGUUGCCAGGCUCUCGAUGCCGCCUUUCCUCUUGGCUGUACUUCCUGCUCGCUACUUGGCUUCUGUCGCUGCCUCCCACUGUGUGCCUUUACUGAUCAGUCUGGGAAAGAGGGAUUUGAACUCCUUGGUCUUAGAUCCCCACAAGAAGAAUUUGGUCCUCAGGAAAGUGCAGCAGUGCCUGAAUCAGUCUAUUGCUGAUGAGUAUGAUGUGGACAUCGUGGGCAACCUGCUCUGUCACCUGCCAGCAGCCAUCAUCCACCGGGGGGUGGCUCCCAGGGCUUGGAGUACAGCCCUGCAUGGCUUCAGACACUGUACAGACCUGGGCCCUGAGCAGAAGGUGGCACUGAGGAUCAAGCUCCUGGAGCAGUUUGGACCCCCACAGAACUGGACAUCGGAGACUACAAAGGACUUAGCACCCUUUCUAGUGCUUUUCUCAAGGGAUGAAUUAAGCUCUAUAGCCACAAAGUUUCCAGAUACCCUUCAACAGACAGCUUCCAUGAUGACAAGGACCUUGCCUCCCCAGGAAUUCCUUUGGGCUGUCUUUGAAUCUGUUCAGAGCAGCAGCGAUGGAAACAUCAUGUCUUACCCUAAUCCUGGCUGUCAUGAAGCCAUGACUCUGUCCUCUGAUGCCAUCUUCAGGUUGGGGGAAGCCAAUGCCUGCUGGACCCCCCAGGACCUGCUCUGCAUGGAAGCAGAUGUGUUCUCCAGGAAUGUGGAGCUGCUGGGGGCUGUCAGAGCUUUCAACAAGGAUCAGCUGAUGGCCCUGAAGGAGAAGACUAUCCAGGUUUGGGAUGUGCCUUCUUCGUGGAGAGAACAUCAGAUAGUCUCCCUAGGACGCAUUGCUCUGGCUCUUACUGAGACUGAGCUGAAGCAGCUGAACCUCAGUUCCAUUGACACAGUGUCUUCCUUCAGCCAGCAGACAGGUUGGACCAUAGGACAGGCUAAAUCCAUCCUGCAAGGAUUCCUGGAGAAUUCUGGUUGUCGCAUCCAGGACUUGAAGAGUUUCCACUUAGUAGGACUUGGCACAUGCCUGUGUGCAAUGAACACCACUGAAAUCUCACUGAUCAAGACCUCAGAAUUCAGGCUAGUAGUGGCCAGGCUUGGCACCUUGCCCUGCAGUACUCAGGUCCUGGCUGAAUUGAAGAGGAAGGCAGAGGUUGUAUUUGGGCACCCCACAGAGUGGUCCAGCUCUGUCUUGCAAGAGCUUGGGACAAUCGCAGCUGGAUUAACGAAGGAAGAGCUCCAACUCCUUGACAAGGAUUUGAUGCCGCAUUUCCAGCCCUCAGCAAUCAAACGCUUUCCUGAUGAGAUAUUCAAAGAGCUGUCCCCAGAGCAAAUCGCCUAUUUGGGCCCAGAAAACGCGGCCGCGGUGACCCCCACCCAGCGCCGGCAACUCAGCGUGCUGCAGCUGCAGAGCCUCCAGAGGGCGCUAGAUGGCGCCAGGACUCGCUCCUGGCAGGACGGACCCUUGAGCGCCAGCCCCACCGAGACCCCUAAUUCUGGUUCUCUUCAAGGAUUCUCCUCCUGCCUCAGGUUCUGCUGUCUGCUGCUGGCUCUGAUGCCCAAGAUUGCGUGGACCCUCGGGGUCUUGGCCAAAGGCACAGUUUCCUGCAUGCAGCAAAGCAUCGGGUCACAUGGGCAGAGCUGCUCCCCAUCACCUCUCAAUGUCACCCCUCCUAUUGGUGUUGCGAGGCACUGCAUCAAAAUCAGAGGUGAAAACUUGAAAUUAGUGGCACAUGCCAUGUCCCGAAGAAGGGCCUGCAGUGCCUGA